AUGUCCGAUUAUUUGUCCCCUCUUACCGUCGCUGAUAACACUGGUGGCUACAGUGUAUUUGAUAUACAAUUACAUGAACGAAAAUUUAUAUGCCCAGAGUGUCAAAAGAUAAUCCGUGAUCCUGUUCAAUUACCUUGCGGAGACCGAUGUUGUAAAAGUUGCAGUCGUUUUAUCACGUCAGAAAUCGUUCAAAACAAAAAUGAUGUAAUAACAAAGCGUCUUCAAAAGGAUGAUCAAUGUCUGACGUCAAAUAAAACGGAAAAGAUUGGCAUGCAACUACUUGUACAGGAUACAGUUCAAAUGAUACAGAAUGUUUCUUGGAAAUGUCGUUUAUGCAACGAAGAGUGGGACACUGCUCCUAAGUUGUUAGACGAUCGAGGGUUCAAACGAGAAAUGGAUCUGUUGCGAGUCAUGUGCAUUGAAUGGUCAAAUAAUUGUCGAUGGCUUAGACCACUGAAAGACUAUCAGAAACACUUGGAUGACUGCCAUACCAGCUACUCUGUACUUUGCGAUAAAAAAAUUUCUUCGUUAAGUCAGUUGAAUCAACACAAGGAACGUCAAGAAAUCUGUAACUAUGUAAAUGAACUAACGAAAACGAUCGCAGACAAUGAAAGUCGUGUUGCCACUAUUGUAUCAAGUCAAGGAAUUCUUCAAGAAGAACUAUCAAGUAUCAAAGAAAAAGUCGAUAGUUUGAAGCAUGCAUCCGACGAUGGCACUCUAGUAUGGAGAAUUACUGAUGUAUCUGAGAAAAUGGCUGAUGCCCAAUCGGAAAGACAAACAUCCAUUUAUUCUCCGCCGUUCUAUUCAUCAUCCGCCGGAUAUAAAAUGAGAGCACGUUUAUAUUUACACGGUGACGGGGAUGCUCGUCGAACCCACAUGUCACUCUUUUUCGUCUUGAUUAGAGGGGAAUUUGAUUCAAUAUUGAAAUGGCCAUUUAAUCACAAGGUGACGUUUUGCUUAUUUGAUCAAUCAGGACACAAUCGUCAUAUUAUUGAUUCAUUCUGUCCUGAUGCAAAAUCAAAUUCAUUUCAGCAACCACGGUCACUAAUGAAUACUGCGUGCGGUAUUCCAAAAUUUUGUCCUCUACCAAUGAUACAACAAGUCGAUAAUAAUUAUAUUCGAGAUAAUAUUAUGUUCAUCAAAGUUGUUGUUGAUUUUUUCAAUUUGCCGUAUGUAAUGUUACCAUAUGAACCGUUCUUAAAUCCCGGUUUACCAUCACACGUUCGAAAUCAUAUGCUAAAACAACAGCUAUACCGUUAUAAGCAGGUAGAAAACAGAAGCACCUACUAUCAACAUUCUGAAAUGGACACAACGGGACAAGAGGUAGCAGAUACCCGCCAUGUUGCAGAUGCUACGCCAAAUGAUACAGUCAAUCAAAGAAAUUAA